AUGGGUAUAGUAAUUUUCCUAUGCUUCCUUAAUAAUAACGCUAUUGCUGUCCAUACAGAUUAUCCUUUAACAGAGGAAGAAAGAAAACUUCAGGAAAUGGGUUCCUUAGCUGGCGGAGAAGGAUUAACUUUUAGACCUAGUAAAAUAAAAAAUAACUCAACAAAGUCCAAGGAUUAUCAAAUUAAUAAAUAUUUAUGGCAAGCAUCAGUAGAAGUAUUGAAUUUUAUUCCUAUGGCUUCUGCUGAUUUAAAUGGUGGCCUCAUUAUUACUGAAUGGUACAGCCCUAAGGAAAAUAAGGAUUUUAGAUUUAAAAUCAAUAUUAUUAUUAAAGAUAAUAUAAUUAGCCCUGAUUCAAUUGAGGUUAGGAUAUUUGAACAAACAUUUAAAAAAGGUAAUUGGAUAGAUCAUCAUAGUACUUCCAAUUUAGCUCUCAGUAUCGAAGAUAAAAUUCUAAGAAAAGCACGAGAAUUAUAUAUUAGUACUGAAGGAAAAUAA